GUCACACUUUUACUAAAAUGUUUUUGCAAUGUUUUUAAAUAAAUAAAUAAAUUGCUAUAAUAAUUUUUUUUUAAUAAGUUUAGAAAAUAUUUAUUUUUAAUGAAAACAUUUGUGAGCAAUAAUUUUCUUUCUCAACAAUUCAUUCGAAUCAUGUCCACAUCAUUUAUUUCUACUGCUUUGACUGAAGUGAAUUUAAAUAUUCAGAAAGCAUUCCAAGUUUCUUUGAAAGUUCAUGGCAAUUUGCAAGUAAUGCCUACUCUAAUAGUGGUAAGUAAAACAAAACCACCUGAAAUGUUAAUAGAAGCUUACAAUCACGGACAAAGAGAUUUUGGUGAAAAUUAUGUACAAGAGUUGGUUCAAAAAGCUUCACAUUUAAAGAAUCUUGGUUACAAUGAUAUUCGAUGGCACUUCAUAGGAAGUCUGCAACGAAAUAAAGUGAAUAAUCUAUUAGAUGUUGAAAAUUUGUUUGCUGUUCAUACAGUUGGAAGUAUAAAACUUGCGGAUGCUCUUGACAAAAGUUGGGCAAAAAAAAAUACAGGCACACAACUAAAUGUUUUUAUUCAAGUUAAUACUAGUGCUGAAGAAAAUAAAGGAGGUUGUGAACCAAAUGAAUGUGUUUCUUUGGCAAAGCAUAUUUUAAAUAGUUGUAAAUCAUUGUCACUUUAUGGUCUAAUGACGAUUGGUUUAUUUGACUAUGAUUACUCACAAGGACCAAAUCCUGAUUUUUUAUGUCUGUCAAAAUGUCGACAGGAUGUUUGUACAAGCUGCGGAAUUGAGGAAAACAAUCUCAUGUUAAGUAUGGGGAUGUCUAACGAUUACCAAGAAGCUAUUUCUGCUGGAAGCACUCACGUUCGUAUUGGAAGUUUGAUAUUUGGCGCUCGUUGAACAGAAAAUUGGAAGCACUCACGUUCGGAUUGGAAGUUUGAUAUUUGGCGCUCGUUGAACAGAAAAUAUUUGUUCGAUAACUAAUUUGAAAAGUGUGCGACUGAUCACUAUUGAAGUUGCUUUUUUAAAAAAACUAUUAUAUAUUAAUUCUUAAUGUAUUUUUUACCUAAGAAAAAAGUCAUACAA